AUGAAGUUCGCUACCACUGCCAGUGCCCUUCUCCUUGCCGGCUCUGCCGUUGCCUCUCCUCUCGCCCAGCGCGUUGCUCGCCGCAACCGAAAUGGGGUCAGCCGUCCUAAUGCUCGUUUGACUGCCACCAACGAGAAGGAUGACAGCCAAAGCACCAACUGGUCCGGUGCUGUCUUGGUUGACAGCGGAUUCACCAAGGUCUCCGCCAGUGCUGUUGCUCCUACCCCGUCCAUCCCCUCCGGUGGUGAUGACAGCACUCAAUACUGUGCCAGUGCCUGGGUCGGUAUUGAUGGUGACACCUGCCAAUCUGCUCUCUUGCAGACUGGCUUCGACUUCUGUAUCCAGGGAGGUUCCGUUACUUACGAUGCCUGGUACGAGUGGAUUCCCGACAAUGCAUAUGACUUCUCCGGCAUUGAUAUCUCUGCUGGUGACACCAUUGAAAUGAGCGUUGAGGCCACCAGCACAACCAGCGGUGUUGCCAAAAUCACCAACCAGUCCAACGGUCAAUCCGUUUCUCACACUUUCACCUCUAGCGAGGUCCAGAGCUCCCUUUGCCAGACCAAUGCUGAGUGGAUCGUUGAGGACUUCACUAUAAUCAGCGGCGGAUCCCAGUCUCUUGCUCCUUUCCCUGCAUUUGACACUGUCACUUUCACAGAUGCCACCGCUACCAAGGGCGGCUCUUCUAUCAUCGACUUAGUUGAUCAGAACAACAAUGUUGUUACCACUGCCAGCGCUUCUGGUAACCAGGUUGUCGUUACCUACCAGUAA